AUCAAAGUUUCGACGACAUGGUGGACGCGGCGGGGGCGCUGUGUAACGCCAGCGAAACGCCUCUGUUGAGGCCCGAGGCUCGCGUCUCCUCAGGCAAUGGAGAGCUGCAGCUGCUGGGAUGGAAUGUGCCACCGGAUCAGAUACAAUACAUCCCAGAGCACUGGCUGACACAACUGGAGCCGCCGGCCUCGAUGCAUUACAUGCUCGGCGUCUUCUACAUCUUUCUGUUCUUCGCCUCGACGGCGGGCAAUGGGAUGGUCAUCUGGAUCUUCAGCACAUCGAAAUCGCUGCGCACGCCAUCGAAUAUGUUUGUGCUCAACUUGGCAGUCUUUGAUUUGAUCAUGUGCCUCAAGGCGCCGAUGUUCAUCUACAACAGUUUCCAUCGCGGCUUCGCUUUGGGCAACACGGGCUGUCAGCUCUUUGCGGCCAUUGGUUCAUAUUCGGGGAUUGGAGCUGGGAUGACGAAUGCAGCGAUUGGCUACGAUCGCUUCAAUGUGAUCACCAAGCCAAUGAAUCGCAAUAUGACCUUCACCAAGGCCGUUGUCAUGAACAUUAUCAUCUGGUUGUAUUGCACGCCUUGGGUCGUCUUGCCGUUGACUCAGUUCUGGGAUCGCUUUGUGCCCGAAGGAUACCUCACCUCGUGCUCGUUUGAUUACCUGACGGACAACUUUGACACGCGUCUCUUUGUGGGCACCAUCUUCUUCUUCAGCUUCGUCUGCCCCACGCUGAUGAUUAUCUACUAUUACAGCCAGAUUGUGGGUCAUGUCUUUAGCCACGAGAAGGCGCUGCGUGAGCAGGCCAAGAAGAUGAACGUCGACUCGCUGCGCUCCAAUGUCGACAAGAGCAAGGAGACGGCCGAGAUACGCAUCGCCAAGGCGGCCAUUACUAUCUGCUUCCUGUUCUUUGUCUCCUGGACACCAUACGGAGUCAUGUCUCUAAUUGGAGCCUUUGGUGAUAGAAGUCUACUCACUCCAGGUGCCACCAUGAUACCGGCCUGCACUUGCAAACUGGUCGCCUGCAUAGACCCCUUCGUGUAUGCCAUCAGUCAUCCAAGGUACCGCUUGGAGUUGGCCAAACGUUGCCCCUGGUUGGCCAUCAAUGAGAAGGCGCCAGAGUCCAGCUCGGCAGCCUCCACGACCACGGAGCAACAACAAACCUCGGCAGCUUAAGACAAAUUGAUUAUCGAUCUAGGAACACGCUGAACCCGCUUUUCGACCAUGACACGACAUCGAACUAGGAACACUUUCGUAAUAUUUAUGCCAACUAUACUAUAAUAUUUUCUUUUUAUUUUUUUGUUACUCUAUAAUUUAGUAGUAUUUUAUUGCAAACAUGUGAAGAGAAAAACCCAAAAAAAAAAAGUGAUAAAAAGAAAUAAAUAAAUGGAACAGCAGUA